AUGGAAUUUUUUGAAACAAAUUUGGAAGGAUUAGUGUCCAAAAUGAAAACUAAGCAUUCGAGAAUAGGCAAUAUUAUGCUCCAAAAUGAUUUAUCCUGGAUGCACCAAUUCCAGAGUGUGAAUCGGAAACGAACACUUCAGGAAAAACAAGAUGCAGAAGUUAAUAUACUUAAAAUGAGCAGAGAUAAAUACCAAUCUAAGGAUACUGAUAGAAGUCAGGAAAGGAAAUAAGCAUGACUCUUUCUGAACUCUAUUUCAAUCUGAAAGCAUUCUUCCACAAUUUAAACAAAUAAGUUCUUCUCAUAGUGGAUAUUUGGAUGAUAUAAAGAAAGGACUAGGAGGAUUCACUCCUAAUAAUGACUAUUCUCUAUCACAAAGCUCAUCUACUAAUGGUCCAAUGAAGCUCAGAGAUUUGAAAAAUAAGGGAAAUUCUGAUCCAUAUUCAUUAAGUUCUAUUGUGAGAAAUAAAAUGAAAAACUUGAAAUCAAAUUCAUACUCAUUUAAUUCUGUCUCAAGAGAAAAACUACAAUCAAUUUCAAUGGCAGAGAAAAUAGAUGUACCUGGAGCUAAUAGAUACAAUCCAAACUAUAGAGCUUUGAAACCUCGAUCUAUAGGUGUUAUUAUCAAGCCUAUCACCAGAACCUCUCAUUUUUACAAGCCUAAACCUAAGGAGAAACAUUUUCUGCUUAAAAGAAUCAGCUUGAGCUUGAAAUAGCAAAUCAAAAUUACGAAAAAGGAAUAUUUCCAUUGACACAAAGAAGAUAAUAAGCCAGAAGGAUUUUGGAAUAAGAGGGCUUAAUAAUUUCAGAAAACCUCAUUUAAUGAAAAAAUUCAGGAUCAAAAGAGGGCUCAGGCAGAUCAAGUCCAAGGAUAGAAAAAGUUUCUUUGAAAAAUCAUAG